AACGUACUGACAAAAACGUCGCUGUUUUUAUGUUUAAAAAGUGAUUGUUUUCUGUGUGAGUAUAGUUAUGACAACAUUGAUUGAAGAAUUCACUGAAGAAGAGUCAGUAGAAGAGCUAAAGAGAAGAUAAAGCAUUACCGUUUAUUUAAAAUAUUGAAGACGGAAAGAAUGAAAUUAUAAUGGCUACUUGGUGUAAGCAAUUAUGUUCAUACUGAAUGUAUUGCGUGUGUCACACUGCUGUUUGUGCUUGUGGUGUGGGAUCUUGUGAAAACGAGACAUUGUAGAAAAACGCAAGAAAAAAUAAUGUAGCGUGCUCAGUGAAAAAAACUAUUAAAAUGAUUUUAGAAAUGAUUUUAUUGUUUUACUUUAUAUAAAGAUAUAUUAACUUUUAUCCUUGUCGUAUUGCUGCAAUUGUUAUAAAAUGCUUACAGCGAAGGAAGAAACAUUAAAACGUCGAAGGUCAAAAUGUAAUCUCGUUCAAAAUGUUGAAACAAGCAACAUCGUACACGAUGUCUCCGUUUCAGAAGAUAAAAAACAAGUGGAAGUUAUAAAGACGACAUUAAAAGAUGAUAAUAAUAACUUUGAGGAUGUAUAUACGAAAUUGUCAAAUGCGGAGUAUAAUUUAGCUUUAGCAACGGAAGUUAGUGAAGCUUUAUUGACAGAAAAUAUUGAAGUGAAAAAAAAAUACGACAGUUUGUUGGAAGAACAUGCUUUACAGGUGGAGGCUCUUCAGCAAGAAAAACAUGAAAUUGAUCAGCGUCGCCAGAGAGUUGAGAGCAUUCAAGAAGAUAGAAUAAGAGAAUUAAGCGAGGAUUUGGAUAAUCUUCAAAAUGCGCUUAACGUAUUCGAAGCAUCGUCCUUAGAUGAUCGUGAAACAAGAAGAAUUGCAAUGUAUGAACUUAUCGAAGAAAACAGUAAACUUAAAUCGGAUCUUUUAAAGACCAAAUCGUCAAACGAAAAUCUACUAAAGGAGAUUAAAACACUUAAAUCAUUGCAACAAGGUGGAAAUUUGAAUGAAAGCUUGGACUCAGGAACUUUUAGUCAGGCCGACAUACUCCAACAAAAGUUGAGUGUUUUGGAAGACCAGAAAGAAAAACUUAACUUAAGUCUCAAUCAGAUGUUGGCAGAAAAGAAUGAUAUGGAUGUAGAAGUGAAUGUUCUCACGAAGAAAAUAAUUUCACUUACGAAGGAACUCGCUGAUUGUAAAUGUGAAAUGUUUCUAUGUGAAGAGGAAUUACGCAUUUGCAAAAAAGAAAAUUUGAAGUUAAAUGAAGAGCUGGAGGAAGCAAAGCUUCAGACAUCGCAACAAACGGCUUUAAAUGGUUCAUCAAUCUUCUCAGAGAUCUCCGUUUUGGAAAAUGAAAACGAGUUUAACAGAAAACUUGCUACAUCAAGCAGUAUAAAAAAACUUAACACGGUCGAGAGUUUACAAGGCGCCCCCAGUCCCCUUGCCGCGUCAUCAUCUGCGAACCUUCUCAAUAAAUUGAAUGAAUCAGAAAGAACACGAUUAGAUAAUUUUUACGAGAGCAGCUAUGAUGGUAACUCAUCUACUGAAGAAGAUAAUGAUAAUUUUGUUUUAACCCAACGCGGUUACUUCGCUAAGUAUGAAGAAGAACAAAAGAUUAAUGUUGAGCUCCGUCGAGAAAUGUGCAACGUCGCUCAUCAAUUGUUGAAUGCGUGUCGUCUCAUAACAGAUGACGAUUAUAAAUCGAAACAAACAAUUAAAAUGGAGAUCGACGAACUCUUUAGUAUAGAACAUUCCAGCAUUGGAACUUUGACGAUGAUUGCGGCUGAAAUGAAUGGAUUAUUGAAGGAAUAUCGGGAGAAAAAGAAGGAGAACACUGAUGCUAUGAAAAAUCAUGCAAAUGAUGACAUUGUAGCUUUAGAGAAUAAAAUACGAUCGCUUGAGGGACAAGUAGAAGAUUUAACGACAGAAUGUUUUGAAGCAAAGAAACAGCUAUCUUCCCUUGGUGUUGAACUUGAGGAAGCAAGAAACGAUCUUUUGAAAUGUGAAGCUGAAAAAAAGCAUUUGCUGAAUAAAAUUGCUGCUGAAAGGACAGAACUAGAGACAUUAAAGACAAAAUAUGCUUAUAUCAAAUCGUGUAGAUCAAGAAGUGUGGUUGAGGAACUUGAGAAAGCAAGACGUGAUGUUCAGCGGUUGGAUACUCAACUCAUCACUGCAAUUAAUCAGAAAGUGAGACUAUCUGAACAGCUUGAGCAAUGGCAAUUUGACAUGGCUUACGUCAUUGAAAAUCAAGUAAAAAGACAAACAGAUACAAAUGCAGAGCACAAUAAAAAGAAAUCUAGAUUGCCUUUUAUGAAAAAAGGUUGGAUGUGGUCAAGCUAAGACAAGUUAGAAUGUUUAAAGUGUUUCUAGACCGUCCGUCUGUGAAACUCUCAUUUAUCAAUUCACUCUCAAAUUUUAAUAUUUUUUAUCCAUAAAUGUCGAAGAUAAUGGAUGUAUCUUUAUUAUUUAUAUCUAAAUUUAUAAGUAUAUAUUAAAUAUUAUUUACGUAAAUGAUUAUGAUAAAAAUAUGACACCAAAAGUAAUUGAUAAUUGUAUUUGUGAUAGUGUUAAGAAAUAAAAUAAUUUCAAUUUUCUA